GAUGACUGUGCGAUGCACAGGAAGUCAGGAAUGUUCAGAAGGAAGUUCAGGUAGUGUGAUUCACAGACAUCGCUCUUUUUUUAUGUACGGCACAGAGGCAGGGACAGUGCUGAGUUUUCCGCUACCUUGUUGGUUAGAUUGUGUCCUUGGAAUCCUUGGAGGACUACCUGGCAUCCAUCCAUGCCCCCAAUUUAUGGUGUGUGGAGGUCGCCAUAUAUAUCCAUCAGCUUGCUCUCUCUCUCUCUCUCUGCUUCUGCUGCUUGCUUUGCUUCAGACACUUGACACUACUCACUAGCUAGCAAGUGCCUCCUCAGUCCUCACCAUGACCCUCAUGAGCCUGCUGCGGCUACCGGGGGAACAUUGCUCCUUGUCGCCGGCGACGCUGGCGGCGUGGUGGUCUCUUUUGCUCCUGGCUGUCAUCGGAAGCAGCGGCUCACCGGUGCUGGCGGGUUGCUACACGCGCAUCUUCAGCUUCGGCGACUCGCUGACAGACACAGGAAACUACGUCCACCUGACGGCCACCAGCCACAGCCCCUACGGCGCGCCGCCGUACGGGAGGACGUUCUUCGGCAAACCUACUGGCCGCGCCAGCGACGGACGCCUCGUCAUCGACUUCAUCGCGGAAGAGUUGGGGCUGGCGAAGGUGACGGCGAUCCAGGCGGGCACGGCGCCGGGGGACUUCCAGAGCGGCGCCAACUUCGCCAUCAUCUCGGCCACCGCCAACAACGGCUCCUUCUUCGCGGGCAACGGCAUGGACAUCAGGCCUUUCUCGCUGGACACGCAGAUGCUGUGGUUCAGGACCCACCUCCGCGAGCUCGUGCAGGCGGCGUCCCCAGCGGCGCAGCAGAACGGCAGCGCCGCCGCCGCGCUGCUGAGCGGCGCGCUGGUGGCGCUGGGCGAGAUCGGCGGCAACGACUACAACUUCGCCUUCUCCCGGGGCGUGCCGCGGGACGAGGUGCGCCGGUUCGUGCCGGCCGUGGUGGACAAGCUGGCGGGCGCCAUGGAGGAGCUCAUCGCGCUGGGGGCGCGCGCCUUCGUGGUGCCCGGGAACCUGCCCUUCGGCUGCACGCCGCUGUACCUGCAGCGGUUCCGCGCCAACGGCGGGUGGUGGGACUACGACCCGGCCACGGGAUGCCUCGCCUGGUUCAACCGCUUCGCCCAGUACCACAACCGGGUGCUCACCGCCCGCCUCGACAAGCUCCGCCGCCUGCACCCGGACGUCACCAUCGUCUACGCCGACUGGUACGAGGCCACCAUGAGCAUCUUCCAAGCCCCCGGGAAGCUAGGGUUCACAAACGCUCUGCGGACUUGCUGCGGGAACCAGACCGUGCCGUGUGGCAUGCCGGGGUGCUCCGUCUGCAAGGACCCGUCCACGUUCGGGUCCUGGGACGGGACGCACCCGACGCAGGCGGUGUACAAGGUGAUCGCCGACGGGGUGCUGCACGGGCCGUACGCGUCCCCUGUUCCUCUCGCCGAGACUUGCCCUCCCACCACAUGAUGAGAGCAGCAAUCAGACAAUCAGCAGCCUGAUCUGCUUGGAUGGUCGUCGUCCUCUGAUGAUGCUUAGAAGAUUCAUAUAUAAUUGUCAGCUUUUAUAGAGUGGUAACAUCUGAAUUACACACUUGUGAAUUUUUAAGGACGGUACAAUAGCUUUGUUUCAGAAUACAGGUGAGGUUGACAUAUUUCAAUAGCAUACACACGAAGCAUUGAAGUGAUUUUUUUUUUAUGAGAACGCAAUGAAGUGAUGAUUGGGUUUAUAAAAACAUUAUUGUUAUGGUCCUGCACCCCUUCCUCCGAAACAUCAUUGCAACAAGAACCAUUCACGGCUA